AGGCAAGUUUGUACAAGGCAAAUCAUGGCAAGCGACACACUCGCCAAAUGUUCCCACUCGCACUACGCCACUAAUACGCCAGAGGCAUAGUCAAAACACUUUAAUUUAGGGCUACAGACUAUUGUUAUGGAAAUGGUUAUCCGAGCCGCUUUCAUCGCGCAGCAGUCAACUUCCCACGGUCCCAAAACCUGUCUCAGUGUUACCGCUGGGUUCACGAUAGCUGUAAAUUACAGUGACCUGAUUGCUUGCGAUGACAGCUAAGCGAUACUAUGGAUACGAGUGCAAUGCGGAAGGUCACACGCCGCACGUCGCCAGGCUUAAGCCCGCAGUGGCCUUGCCUAUGGCCGCAAUGGCUGCUCCUGACACUUGGAUACGCAGCGCUGCUUGUUGGGGCUGCGUCCACGAGGGCAUUGGGAAUUGCGCAGCUCGUCGACCUCGUUGCCGUCCAUGGCAGUCCAGGGCUCGACAUCGGCACGUACACAUUCGAGGACCGCCCGCCUGUGCAUCUACCGCCUGGGGGGAGUAGCAAUUUAUCGUCGGGCAAUGGUCAGCAAAGCAUCGACAGCGCACGCUUUGACAUUAUCGGCUCCGGGUCGACGGACCCCGCGAUGGACGCCGCGAGUGCCCCCGGCCCAGCCACGGUGCUCGAUUUUCGGGCUCUCACAGGACCCGCGUUCACGCUUGCACCAGGCGUCGUGCUGCACCUGGCCAACCUCACGCUGCUACUGCCCACGCCGCCUGCGGGCAGCGGCGUGCGGCUGGCCCACCCACUGGCACACCUGGUGGUGGUGCAGGGCGGCCAGCAGCGGCAGCAGCAAUCGGCUGCGGGGGCGGGGGCGGGGGCGGGCGAUGUGCCCCCACCGCCACCCCCGCCGCGCAUUGAGCUGAGUGGCGUGACGGUGGUGACGGCCUCGUGCAGUCAGCUUCUGGCGUUUCAGUCGGCGGCUCUGUGCCGGCCCGCGCUGUGGCGCCGACACGCGCCGCCAGGCAGUGUGGUGGAUGUGGCAGCGGCAGUAGCUGGCGGGGCGGAGCAGGCAGCCGGCAGUAGCAGUGGCAGUGGCGGUGGGCCCACGGUGUGGCUGCGCCGGGGUGUGGUGGAGUACCCGGACGUGGCGCUACUGUUCAGCUACAGCCACAACCCCAGCAGCGGCAGUCCAGGCCGGCCUGGCAGUAGCAGCAACAGCAGCAGCGACUGGACCUGGGCGGGGGAACAGCUGGUGGUGUCCAGUAAUGACGUGGGGCUGGCGGACGCAGCUACAGCCUCCGGGUCGGGUGCUGCUACAGCCGCGGCGGACGUGGGGGCGGAGGAGGUGGUGGCUAGGCUCAGGGGCGUGGCCAUGACCUGCCCCGGAGGCGGUCCCGCCCCGCCCUGGCCCUGCCACAUCGACUCGGUGGGCACCGCGGCUCAGCUGGCUGCUGCCGCGGCUGCGCUGCUGGCGCCCGCCGCCACCCGCCCCCACGGCGCAGUCAUGCUGCGCCUCACCGCUGACAUCAGCCUGGCUCCACUUGCGGCGGCGGCGGCGGCGGGGGGCGAGCAGCAGGGGGAGGCGGGCGAUGGAGCAGCAGGAGCGGGCUGGAGCCAGCUGCAGGUGCCCGCCAACAUGACUCUGGCACUGUACGGCGGAGUGACGUCAGCCCUGCCCUUCGCAGCCCCCACCCGGCAGCUGGACUGGGCUGGCCUGCCCGGCGCCGUCUCCGCCUCCGCGCCCGGCUCCUCCCUGCAGCUGUACGGUCUGGCCCUGCUGGGGCUGCCCUACCCGGCCGCCGUGGCACGCCAGGAGCAUCUGCUGGCGGCGUGGGGACACUUCGCAGCCCUGGACUGGGACAGGUGGGACAGGGGCUGGGGGCUGGACGGCAGUAGCAGCAGCGGCAGCAGCACCGGCAAUAGCAGCAGCGAGGGCGGCAGUGGCGAUGGCAGUAGCAGCGGCUGGGCAGCAGGUGCUGAUGAGGGGCUGCUACAGCCGCCGCUGCUGGUGAGCCACUGUGUGCUGGUGCUGCCGGACCAGGAGGCGGUCUGGUGGGAGGCGGCAGCCGCGGGGGCCCGCAGUAGCAGUGGCAGUGGCAGUAGCAACGCCGGGGUGAGCCAAGGUCUGCGGCUGGCCUUCAUGCUGCCCAGCUGGAGGAUGGUCCCUGUCCCCAGCAUCCGCCGCGCGUCCCUGGAGGCCUUCCCUGACAGCCCGGCACCCAACAGCAGUAGCGGCAGCAGUAGCAAUAACAGUAGCGGCGCUGCGGUGCGGCUGAUGCUGCUGAGUGAGACGGACCCAGUCACUGCCCUGAGCUCCCUGGCUGCAGCAGCUGCAGCUGAGGUCAUCAGCGGGGGCAGUAGCAGCGGCAGCACAUCGCCGCCGGUGGUGCUACUGCGGGAGGUAUCGCUGAUGCCAUUCAGCCGCUACGCCACCAAUAUCGGCACUGGCAGUAGCAACCGUGGCGGCAGUAGCAGAGUCGUGUCUGGGGCAGCGGCCGCAGUCGGCAGUGGCUGGCCCCUGGCGGAGGAGAUGACGGCACAACGCGCCGCCGCCGCCGCGGCCGCCAUCGCCGCCGCCGCCGACCCAGCCGCCAGCGUGCACGCUGCUACAGCCUCUAACCCCUCUGGUACCGCCGCCAGUGAUCGCGAGGCGGCGCUGCUGCUACAGCCUCAGCUGGGCUACCUCAAGAUGCUGACCAUGGCGGCGGCGGGCGCCAACCUGCUGUCCUGCAGCGCCGCCGCCGCCAUCACCACCCUGCUGGUGCCCUCAGCAGACGGCCAGCUCAUGCGCGACCCCGCCCUGGCCUCGCUACAGCCCGGAGCCCUGCGGCAAUUGCCCCUGCCCGGCCUAGCUGCUACUGCCCCUGCUACUGCCCCUGCCAACACAAGCAGCAGCGGCAGUAGCAGUGGGACGCCGGCGGUGCUACUACUGGUGGUCACGAGGGACGGGCAGCAGGAGCAGGAGGAGGCGGCGCAGGCGGCGGCUGACGCGGAGGCGGGCAUUGUGGAUGUGGGAGUGACGUACGACGGCGGCAGCAGCCUGUGGGGCUACAAGCAGCUGGAGCCGCACACGGCGUGUCGGUUGGCGGCGGUGCCGGCGGGGCAGGCGGCGGGGCGCCGGGUGGCGUGGGACCUGCAGGGGGUGUCACACAACAUUCGCAUCCCCGAGACCAGCUCGCUCACCCUGUCAGGUCUGGUCAUAUACAACCUCAGCCCCACAGGGGACGGCUACGGGCUCGGCACCACAUACCCCACCGCCCCCUCCCCCGCCCCCGCCGGCGCCAGCGGAGCUCGUGUCAAGGCGCCGCCUCCGCCCCCGCCGCCGUCCUCACCAUUGAUAGAGGCGUACGGGCGUCAGGCGCUGCCGCUGUGGCUGUUUGACUUUGACCGGGAGGGCCUUGGUAUGGGCAUGGGCAUGGGCAUGGGCAUGGCCGGCGGCAGUAGCAGCACCGGCGGCAGUAGCAGCAGCACCGGCGGCAGUAGCGGCGGUCAGCGGCUGGUGUUGCUCAACUGCACCCUGGUGGUGCCGCCCGCGGAGCUGCUGCACCUGCUGCACAUGCUGGGCCAGGCCAACAGACUGCCCGGGGGGGCGGCGGCGGAGGCGGCGGCGGAGGCACUGGCGGAGGAGGCGGAGGCGACACUGGCGGAGGAUGCAGCUAUGGCGGCGGCGGCGGCUGGGGCGGCAGCGGGCAAUGCUGGCAGCGGGGGCAGGAGGAGGAGGAGGCUGGUGUAUAGGGAGGAUAUGGCGCGUGCGCUGCUGCCGCGGCCGGGCCGGCGGCGGCGGGCGCUGCUGCAGGCGGCGGCGGCAGAGGUGGCGGCUGUGGUGGGCGGACUGCACCACACGGCGACGGCACGGAUGGCCAGGGAGGCGGCGGCGGCCAUGGCGGCGGCGGAUGGAGCGGAUGGAGGCGGUGGUGGUAGCGACAGCAGCAGCAGUAGCAGCGGCGCGGCGGUGCAAUGGCGCGGCUGUGUGUACACGCACAUGGUCUGGUCCGCCGCCGCCAGCUCCGUGUCUGGUCUGGGUCCGGGGGCCGGCAUCACCUUCGCGGCGCUGCAGGGCUUUGGCUGGCGGGGUGCCGGUGUCACCGUCACGCACACGGGCGCACUGCCGGCUGACGCGCCCACUCGGCUGCGGGCGCCGGCGGUGGGCGCUGACGGCAAGCUGCUGCUGCCGGACGUCCUGGCUGGCUGCCCCAUCGCCGACCAUGCGGCCCCGCCGCCGCCGCCACCCUCGUCCUCGAGCUCAGCAUCAGCCGGUGGCAGUAGCCUUGGAGCAGACGCCGGCAGUAGCAGCAGUGGCAGUGGCAGUAGCAAUGACGCACCGCUCCAGGCGGACGGAGGAGGAGGUGCGGCGGCUGCAGCAGGCGGCACCGCUGGCGGCAGUGGCAGUGGCAGUAGCAGUAGCACCAGGGAUGGCGGGGGCAGCGGCAGUAGCAGCGGGCCACCAGUGGCGGCGGUGGCAGGCGGCGUCAUUGCCGCGGUGGUGGUUGUGUCAGUGGUGAUAAUGGCGGUUGUGGGGGUACGGCGGCGGCGCCGUCGGGCAGCCUUGGACGCGAUAUCAGGUGUUGCCGCUGCAGCCCAAGGUGGCGGCGGACUGGUGGCGCUGGCGGGCUUUAGCGCUCUGGCGACCAGUGAUGCUACGGCCACAGCCGCCAAGAAGUCAGAUGAGGCGUCGACAGCCGCCGCUGUAGCAAUGCGUGGCGGUGGCAAACAGCGUGCGGGGCUGUGGCGGCUGUUGACCCGCGGUUCUACUGCCGGCCGCGUUACGGCACGUGGCGGGCGCCGUACGGGCCAUGCUACUGACAUCCUGUACCAGACCUUUGACAGCUUCGGCAGUAGCACGAUGCGGGCCUUGUACGACAACAGUGCGGGCGGCAGCGGUGCGGCUCAGGGGGUUGGGCUGUACGACAGCCGCCGCCACCUGCAGCUGUGGGCGACGCAGCAGGCGGCGGCGGCGGCGGGGCUGGGUGUGCCCGGGCUGACGGCGGCGGAGGCGCAGCGGGCGGCAGGGCUGGCGCCGUCAGGGGCGUCCUCCUUCAGCCACCUGCCGCUCAACACCUCCACCAUAGCAGCCGAGGCGGGUACGGAGGCGGAGGAACAGGCUGCACAGCAGCAGCCGCGUGAGGUGCAGAUGGCGGCGGCGCGAGCGGGGGUGGGAGCGACCUCAGGGGUGCGGUGCGGCGUGGGUGGCGGCGUGUCGGUGUUGUCGGUGCGGCAGCUGCAGCUCACAACGGGCCACACCGCGGGAGCGGCAGGGCCGGCGGCGGCGGCAGCCGCGGCAGGGGCUGCUGGUGGCAGGCGAGCGCCACCACCACCACCGCCACCCACGUCCGCACCCGCGACCGUGGAGGGCGGCUCGGGCCACCGCCGCGACAGGGCGCCCCACUGCGGCCCCAACAGCGGCCCGGCAGGGGCAGGGGCAGGUGUGGGUGUGGGUGUGGGUGUGGGCAAUGAUCCUACUGUGAAUGUGCUGCUGGACUCUUACAGCAGCAGAAGCACCUGCAGUGGGGGCGACGGCGGCACUGGUGCUGGUGGCGGCCGUGGCGGCCGUGGUGGGCAGGACGUGCCGGGACCGCUGGUGGCGCUCAUGCGGCGGGUGUGGCACUCGGCGGGGGCGAGGGCUGGGGGCGGCAUGCCUGCGGCCACAGACGGCGGUGACCGUGUGCUGUCACUGCCGCUGUCGGGCCAGGUGUACGGCUACCCCCCGGUUCCACACCACCACCACCAGCACCACCCCCACCCUGCAGUCAGCUCACCGCCGCUGCGCCCGUCAUCCGCCGCCGCCCUGCAGUCGGGCAGCGGCGGGCUGCCCUGUGUGUCCAUCCAGCUGUGUGACGGCCCGGCGGAGCAGGCGGCGGCGGGCGGCGGCGGCGGCUGGCGGGGCAGGUUCAUGUGGACCAGCCGCUUCCUCAAUGCGCCCAGUCGCCCCCGCGACCCUGGCCCCGGCCCCCUGCUGUCCGGACUCGGCCAGGCACUGACAGGGACAGGUGGAGGUGGAGGUGGAGGUGGACGUGGAAGCGGGGGAUCUCCGGGGCGUUGGGGAGACGACGUGCCUAAUGCGCAGGUGCCGGUGCCGGUUGCGCUGUCAGGGGUGCGGGCGCGAGGCAGCGCCAGCGGCGCGAGGGGCGCGAGAGCCAACAGCACCGGCACUGGUGGCACCGGCACUAGCUGUGUUGCCGCUCAUGUGGUUGACACAGCGGCGGCGGCGGCCCCCGCCCCCAGGCCCCCGCCCCCGCGUGCACGAGCACACGAGGCAUGAGCGCUGAUGAGCUAAUUGUGUCAUUUGUGUGUCCGCAUGGUUGCGCGUGUUGUGCAUGUGUGUGUUGUUUGAGGUGUGGCGUGUUGGCAUGUUGGCGUGUGACAAGGUUAUCCCUGCGAAUAAAGGCAAAUGCUGCCGUUGAUGCAUUGCACCGAGUAUCUUGUAAGGCAGGCCGGACAGCGGCACUGCACAUUCGGCGUGUCUGCCCGGCAGUACGACUCC